GCGGGGAGCCGGGCCGCCCCGUCGGGGGAAUCUGCGACGUCCUCUGGGCUGCGUGUGCUCGCUGUGCCCGGAGCGCGUCCGCUGUGUCCACCAACCCCUCCGGUGCCUGGUCCUCCAGCCCUCACGGCGUGCACCAUGAGCGGCGGCGAAGUGGUUUGCUCGGGAUGGCUCCGCAAGUCCCCCCCGGAGAAGAAGUUGAAGCGUUAUGUAAGUACAGGUCAGGGCACCGUCGGCCGCGGUGCAGCAGCCUGCGCGCCGGGCAGGCUCUUCCAGGAAUCCCGUCCUCCUCUUCCUCGAUCCCUCUCUCGGCCGGCGGGCUCCGGACCCGGUGCAGUUCAGUCCCACCCUGACGUCCACUCGGCGGCCAAACUUUCUCUCUCCGUAUUGCAGACCGCCUUCCUUGCAGGCCUUGUCUGUUAGAGGAGCCCAGUUUUCCAGCUCAAAGCUGGCUGCAUAGUUUAGUUGUUGAUUCCAUUUAGCAAGGGCGGGGUGAAACGGGGAGACAGAACCUUCUUUUAUUAUGUAUAUUAGAUUCUCACGAUGCUGUUAAAUCUCCCUUCACCCGGCUCUCCGUGAGUAGUAGUACUCACAGGUUCUCGAUUGGGUCCGCGUCCGCUCUCCUUUGCGUCUCCAGGAGGUGGAGGGAAGUGAACCGUGGACACAAGAAGUGGAUAAUAAAGGCAAACUUCUCAAAAUAUUCGCUCAAGGGAAAGGAAAAAAAAAAGUUCUUACGAGCCCUACCGUCUGCUUAGCAGGGUUCACAUUUUCGUGGUUUUGCUUUGAGGGACACUGGAUUUUGGCCUGAGAACCCUGGCGGUUUGAUGCGACAGGAGGGCGCUGGGGGGAGCCUGGUGGCUGGUGUUUGGGCUUCUUAGACGCACUGUCAAGCCCCGCAGGAGGGGACAGCUGAAGCCAACAGGGAUUUCUUGGUGUUGGGGAUUCUUUUCCCGGGCUCCAGAACGGCUUAACUGGUAUUUGCGUAAUUGAUUCAAGAUGCUGAUUGUGAGUUGACUGUGUUCACUGGUAGGAAAACUGUAUCUUGAAGGAACCUAUAAUAGUUGAGUGAAAAUCUGUAUCCUCAUCAGGAGUCUGGGAUCUUAAGCCCUGCUUCAGAUCAGCUAAUUUUACCAUGUCCCCUGCCAGGAAAGAAAUGACACUUUGUCCUGGUAUUUGAAGCAAAUAUUUUUAGGGUAAAAAUGUGUUUUUCAAAAGCAAACCGUGUACCCACUUAGGUAGAGCUUACUACCUGUUUUGAUGAAACCUGUUUCUGGUGGGAGGGGAGCCUACACCGAGUACCAUCUGAUUACUCGCUUGCAUGAGACAGGACAAUAUUUAUUUUCACGAAGCUCACCAGCGAGUUUCUGGCUUACCUUCUGGUAGAAUUUAUUACAGUCAAGUAAUUUCAUUGAAAGAUGUGAUUUGACAAAUUGUCAGAGGUUCCCCAAAGAUGUCUCUCCAUCUGUCACGCUUUGCCUGGAUUUCUCGGUAAAGAUGGCCACUUGAUUCCAAAAAUUCGAGAGUGGCAGUGGUGUCUUCGGGAUUAGCUCUGAAGAGACGAUUGUGUGUGAAGAGAUGAGGGGUGAGGAAAUAAAGAUACGGCACUAUUUAGGAAAGACGUUUUUAGGAAUCUUGAGGAAACUAAAGUACAGUAUAUUUGCUGGAGUGCAGUUCAGGGCACUCGUUCACCUUACUUUAUGGCACAGCAGACGUGCUGAGUUCUGUACGAGUUACCAGCCACGAGGUAAGGAGAAAAGCCUUGCAGGAAGAAAAAUCGACAGCUAAUAAAGGACAAACAAAAUAAAAACUGGGCAGGCGGUAUAUGCCUCCAGCACUCCAGAGACAGAAAUGGGAGGCUCCGUGGCCAGACUCGUCUCUGUAGCAAAUUCCAGGCUACCUAGGAACAUGUCUCAAAAACAAAACACACAAACACAAAAACAAAGUACAGUUGAUUAUAAAAAUAUUAAUAAUAAAUACACAUGAAGAAAUCAACUGUGUGGGAAUAUAUGAUUCUAUAUAUUUACAUGUCUCAUUGUAUGACCACAGCAAUUUUCUCCCAUUCAAGUCCCAAUCAUUCCAAACCCUGGUAGCUUCUGAAUCAGGGAAGAGUGGGUGAAUUCAGGGGUUGGGGGUCUGCGAAAUGUGAAGCUCAGAUUGAGUCAUCAAGUCUUUCCAGUAUAUACUUUCUCUGAAUUAGGCGAGAACUCAAGGAAGAAGAACCAAUCAGAUACACAGUGCCCCAGCCUUUGCUCCUAAGUAGCUUUUAAAGUUUUGGGGAACAACAGAGUCUUAAAGCAAGUGCAGAGAAAGUCAGCCAGAAUGCAAAGUGGUUUCUAUCUGUGUGUCUGAGUUGAGUGGUGUUGAUUUUUAUAGAUGCCUUCAGGAGAAAACUCAGUCCCUAAAUUGUGUUUCAGUAAGCAGGGUGUGGGGGGAAGCCAAGGAAUUUCUUGCUUGGUGGAGAACUAGUGGUUUCCUUGCGCGUGUGUGUGUGUGUGUGUGUGCGCGCGCAUGCGUGUAGGCAUACAUGCACAUGUGCAUUUGUGUUGGCCAGAGGUCAACCUCAGGUAUGCCAUUCCAGUGAAGCUCGCUGUUCCACCUCGCUCUUCUCAAAGGGUCUCACUGGGAUCUGAGGCUUACGGAUUAGGGUCAGGGGGCUCGUUAGUGAGAUCAGGCAUCCUCCUGUCUCCACCUCACCAGUGUUGGGAUUAUAAAGUGCAGCAGCUUGGUUUGUUUCAUGGAGCUGGGGUUGGGCUGAGUUUCUUGUGCUUCUGUGGGAAGCAUUUUCUCAUGUGAGCCGUGUCUCCAGCUGACUAGUGCUUCUUCACACCUUAGUGGAGUAGAUGAGGAUGGCCUGGAUGGUAGUAGACAGGCGACUGCCAAGAAGAUGACGGCGGCCUGCAACUGAUGUUUAUCUGUCAGGUUUAGUCCCUAGAUUUGACAUCCUCAGAGUAUUGAAUCUUUGACCUGGGUAUCCAUCUGGUUUUGUUUUUUUAAAGGCAUGAAUACAUGCAUUUUUUUCUAUUCUAUUUUUCCUUUUUGGUGAAAAUCCUGCAAAGUAGGCCAAAGAAUGAUUGAUAAUGGUUUUUAUUUUUCAAAUUUUUAUAUUUUUAUCUAUGAGGGUAGAGCCCAAGGCCUUGAGCCCAAGGCCUCAAACAUAGUUCCCAAUGUUCUACAACUGAGCUCUUUCUUUCCCACUUUUGACAGCUUUCCCCCCUGAUAGGAUCUCACUGUGUAGUCAUGGCUGGCCUGGAACUCAGAGAUCUGUCUGUUUCUGCCUGCCAAGUGCUGGGAUAAAAGACAUGUGCCACCAUGCCUGGCAAUAUUUUUCAAUCUGUUUUCCCUUCCUUCCUUCCUUCCUUCCGUGUGUGUGUGUGUUUUAUGCAUGUGCACACGAGAGAGAGAGAGAGAGAGAGAGAGAGAGAGAGAGAGAGAGGGAGAGAGAGAGGGAGGGAGGGAGAGAGAGAGAGAGAGGGAGAGAGAGGGAGAGAGGGGAGGGAGGGCGAGCUCUCGUGGGGCACACGCUCACUUCCAUGGCUUGGAGGUCAGUGGACAACUUGUACUCUGCAGUGUGCUCUUCCCUUCCCCCAUGUGGGUCCUGAGUGAGUAUCAGACUGUGGUUGCCAGGCAUAGGGGCAAGAGCCUUAACCCUCUGGGCCAUCUUUCUGGCCUGAUAAUGGUUUUUAAUGAGCAUAUUCAGCGUGAAAAGCUUAUCUUGGAUGCUUGCACUGUAAUUAUUAAAUGAGACCUAAGGGAGUUUGAGUGUCAUGGUUCUGCUGGGAAAUGUUGCCCGUGGGACUCUGACUUUUGUCUCGCUAAUUGCUUGGAGUAUUUAUAGAGGGAUCCAAAUGAUUGUUAAGGCUUGUAAGUGACAAAAACAAACAAACAAACAAACAACAAAACAAAACCAAGUUUUCGGGUCAGAGAGAUGGCUUAAUGGAUAAACCAUUUUGGCUUAUGUAUGAGAAUGUGAGAACUGGAGAUCUGACCCCCAGAACUCGUGUGAAAACCAGGGCAGGUGUGGUGGCAGCCUGUAAUGCCAGCUAUAGGGAGCUAUGCAUACUUGGGGCCAGCUGGACAGUGGGGUUAGCUGGGAUUAGCAAACUCCUACAUUGAAGAGUUCCUCUAAUACAAGAAAUAGCCAUUGAGAAACACACCUGAUGUCAUCAGUGUGCCUGUGCACAUAAUGCACAUAUGUGCUCCUGCACAUAUAUGUGUCCAAGCACACACAAACAUGCACAACACAUGCACGUGCAAAAAAAGGAUCGAUUUCAUCUUUAAAACCAUCUCAAAUUGUGGCCCCCGAUGAGUUCUGUACAGCUCCAACUUCGUGUCCACAAUGUCGCUCUGUCCCGUCACUGUCACAGCGUUGGUUUCUUGUCCUCGUGAAGAACUUUCUUGCAGAGAGGCGACAGGAGGAGACUCCCAAGUCUUGAGUCUUUCCCAUGCUGAAGGGUAAGAAGUUUGUUCCAUGCACCCUGCUCUGGCAGCUUGCUGAGGUUUCUCCACAGCGGGGAUGAACAUCUCCAUGUUUUCUUUCAGUUUUGCUGAGUGACCUCCCCAGCUUAGUCACCGUGGUCUCAGUCGAGGGAACUCCUGCUAUUCUGGGCUCAGCUCAGUUCUGAUUUCUUAUUAAAAUUAAAAUUUGCAGGGCUGGGGAUGUAGCUCAGCCUUGCCCAGUGUACAGGAAGUCCCGUGUUUGCGAUCCAGCACUUCUGAACCAAUCACACUGUCUCACCGAGCCUGUCAUCCCAGCACUUGGGAGGUGGAGGGGGGAAGAUCCAAAGUUCAGGCUUAGUCCUGGCUGAGGGAGAUGGGCGCCGAUGGGCGCCGCAGUAAGGGCACACCUGAUGGCCUCAGUUGACCCCUUCGAGGAGAGGACUGCCUCUUGAAAGGUGUCCUCUGACCUUAGCCCAAGAUCCAUAGCACACGUACAAACACACACACACACACACACACACACACACACACACACACACACGAGAGAGAGAGAGAGAGAGAGAGAGAGAGAGAGAGAGAGAGAGAGAAACAAGAUCAUUCUUACUAGUAGACUUGAGGCUUGCCAAGGCAACACCCAAAAGAAUGUCUUCAUUGCUGUCUAAGCAUUUGGGGCUACAGUGGUGAUUCGGUAUGUGUGUGCGAAGUGUAAUGGUCAGGUUAGGGUAGUUAGACUUCUCAUCUCCUUAAAUAGCUUAUCUUUGGGUUGGCAGCCAUUGAACAGCUCUCCUGAUAAUUUAUAAAAUAUACAUUUUGGCAUAUUUUCCUAAGGUCUUGUUUUAAAAAGUAACGGUGGGGGUUAUAAUAUCCAGAAUGCACACGGCACAUACAUGCAAACAGCAAAGAACAAAUCCAAUGAAAAGGUUGUUUGGUUUGUUUUUUUAAAGCAAUGGUGCACUUUCCCAUCAGGACUUGAAAUUUUCACAGAAGUAGAUGUAAGUGGAUUAAUAAAGGCUUGCUUCAAUCCAGCUGCCCUCGCUAUUGCUCUGCCUGGGGAGCGUCCCUGUGGCUUGCCUAUAGCCUGGCUGUCAGCUCUGGGCAGGUGUCAGUGAGCAGGUGUUCCAUCUCAGUAGGAGAACCUGCCUGGGAAGCCAGAGCAAGGUGGCCUGAUAGCAGACAGCCCUGGAGCAAGGCCUCCCUCAGCCAGUUCCUCGCCUGAUAAUCUGUCACCCAGCUUGAGCUCUGUCUGCUGCACCUGUCAAUUACAGGGCAGUUUUCGCCUGGACUUUGGGAGCAGGCCUCUAGUUCAGGAGAGGAGUCUUUCUCACUGGGUGGGCACUGACAUCUGACAUGGUAGAGGGAGCCUGGGCGGCAUCCCUUUGGCUCAAGGAUAACUGAGGGUGUGUGCUAAUCCUGAAGCCUAUGAUCUAGCUCUCCUGGCCUUUCUCACAUUGAAAUCCUCCAGCUGUCCCGUUGAAGAACAUUUUCCCUUGUCCCUGUGGAAGGACAUUUUCCCUUGUGGUCUUCACAUUAGUGAACAUUCACUUCCGGUUCCUGCCAACUCCAUUCCACCUUUUGAAGUGCAGCAGGACCAUUGUCUGUUGACACAGGUCUUUAACUAGCAAUUACAUUAAGCCUUCCUACUUAGUUAAUGAGAGUUAAUUCUUCUGUUGUGCCUGGGCGAAUGGUAAGUUGUAUAAUGCUCUCCCGUUAAGCUUGCUGAAUCCCUAAAUACAAUCGUUACCUUUCAGGGAUUUGGAAGUCCUAUUUGGGAGUUAUUUCAUUUUGGAUGGUACUUUUGUUAUCACGUUUUUAAGCCCCCAAACUUCAUCCUCCUUUUCUUUCUAAACUUGUAAACUUGUAAAACCCAAAACAGGUACUUACUCAGCUUUGCCAAAGAAGGAAGUGGAGAUAUAUAUAUAUAUAUAUAUAUAUUUUUUUUUUUUUGGUUCUUUUUUUCGGAGCUGGGGACCGAACCCAGGGCCUUGCGCUUCCUAGGUAAGCGCUCUACCACUGAGCUAAAUCCCCAGCCCCCCCCCCUUUUUUUUUAAUGAGAGGAGGGAUUGGCCAGUGAAGAGAAGGGACGUUCAUGCUUGGAGAAUUCAGGUGCUGCUUUUCUUUGUUCGUUUUAUGAGUCUUUCCAGUGUCAACGUGGCAACUAUAAAUGGUACUGACAUUGGGAGCCUGUGUCAUUUGUGCAUAGGUGGCAUCAUAGGAAAUAAAGCUGGAGGCCAUCUGGUGGUCUCUCUCAGCCAACUUUCAUCCAACCAGUUUCCAGCUUGGCCAGCCCACCUGGAGAGGAGCUGCUGGCAGUUAGAUGCCCUGCUCUUGAGGGUGAACAACGUUAGAGAAGUUCUGUUCGCCCGCCUCAGCCUCUGUCAGGACUGCGGGGUAGAGUGCUGCUGGGUUUAAAGCAAUGACCACUGGGGAUGAGGGUUAGCUGAGUGAGUGCCUGCCGUGACAGAUGAAGUUCAAGGGUCAGUCCUUAGCACUGUGUACAGCUGGGCAUGGUGGAGUACACCAUAACCCCUGCCUUUGGGAGGUAGAGGCAGGGGAUCAGAAGUUCAAGGUCACCAUGACUACAUACUUUGAGGCUAGCAUCUUAAGAAAUACUACAUAGCAAGCAAGACCCUGUCUCAGACUACUGAAGGGUUUCAGAGUGCAUUUUGCCAGCUGUGGGAGGAAACGUGGAGUUGGGCUGUGCCUCUGGCCAUGCCCCUGGCCUCCCACCUGAUCCUUGACCAGUCUGAUCCUGUUUCUUUAUCUGGAGGGGUGGGAACGGGAGGGCUGUAGAGCUGUCAGGGGCAGGGGGUGGUGUUGGUGGUGGGGUGGAGGUGAGAGGUGGAGGUUGGAGGGGAGCAUGGGAGGGCAGAUGGAGAGCUACUUACUUGCUAGGCCUUCCUGCUCAUCUCUGGUAGUCGAGGGAACGUGGCAGGAAUUCUGUGGGCUCCCCAGUAUUUCUCUCAGUGCAGGCGAGCAGAGUUGGUGCCGGGUGUACCCACAAGCAGUACCUGGCUCAGGAUGGCAGUUCUACAGCUUAUCUGCUGGCUGAGUAAAUAAACAGGUAUUUCGGGAGCUUUGGUUCCCGGCCUGUGUGGAAUGCAGUGGAGGCACCUGUCCACUCCCUGCCUGUGAGGAGUUUCUGCUCCGUGAAAACCAGCUAUAGCUGCACGAACAUUUCCAUAGUUCUACUAAGAGAUCAGCUGGGUAGCUCUCUGGGAUUAGUUGCCAAAUGAGGGCUACGGGCUGUAGUUGCCUAAGAGUUCAGACUGAGAGCAGAGAGGGAAGAGGAUGAUCCCAGAAAACUUCCCACCGGAAUCUCAAGCUGUUCCAGGAAGAACUGAGGUGCAGCCCUCAGCAGUAGCAAAAUCCUAAGGGAAGGAAGGCUUCAGAAGAUCGAAGGGGACGAAGAAGCGACAAGAAGUGCCUCGGAAGGCUGGGGCUUCAUGCCUGGAGUUUGGAUGUCAGCUGUAACUUUUCACUGGAGAAGUUUUUGUUUCUGCUAUGACUUAAUAAGAUUCUUUCUCAUGGGCACCUAGCCACGGCGUGUUUUCUGCAACCAAGAAGACAGAAACACAGCAACCUGUGCGGUCACCUGAGCUUAUUAAAAUUCCGAGGAACCUGCAUUAGUUAAGAUUUCUUUAUGUCUCCUUUGAGCGAAGUAAUUCAUUCUGGCAAGCCUUCCGUUUACAACAGAGAAGGAGCAUGUUCGUGUGGGAAGGAGAAUAAAGGAGCCUUUGAUUCAUUUGCUUCUGAGCUGCUAGCGCCUGAACUUGGACUUUGGAGGCCAUCUUAGCCCAGCUGUGUGAGGGCCAGCCAGUGUUGGAGGGCGAGAAUCACGCCAUUGGCUCGCUUGAAAGCUCUUCUGACUGACGACAGGGUGUUGGGGGGUCCUCUCAUUCACAUUCCUGGCAUUAACUUGGUGGCCUGUUUCCAUCUAUCCUGAGCUCCCUCUGAAUCUGCCAUUUGAACUUGAAGUCACAUUUCUGUGACUCUCUUUAUCUCGGCCCGUGUGUCCACUAGGUACAGAAAGCUUAGACUAUCAAGGCUCUUUCUCCUCUCCCCUGGGAUUAGAGCUCAGAUAAAAUUAGUAUUCUUCAGAUUACUGAGCGGAAAGCGGCCCAUCGUGAUGUGGAUUUCCACGUUUGUUCGUUUGUUACACUGGUAGACUCUUCCCCUCUAACCCGGGGUGGGGAUGGUUUAGGAACUUUCAGGGAUUGUAGGCAAUGAUUAAGCCUAUAGGAUUGCUGGGAAAAGUCACUUCAGGAGCUAAGGUUUUAGAUAGAUCAUUGCAGACUCGUUCACAUGACACUGUAAUUAAUACAAAGGUACAUGAACUGGAAGAAUCUUUAUAUUUAGACAAUUCUUUUAUCCAUCUAGAGAGGGGUAAAAAAAAAAAACAACUCCCUAUUUGAAAAGUUCUUUCCAAAAUCAUAGCAACAUGGUAACCUUGGCUUUGGCUGUCCUACCUCCCGAGAGGCAGGGCCUUGUAAUGCAUAUUUGGGCCUUAUCUCUGUUACUAUAGCUCUUGAGGCUUGCUGAUUACAACUUGUAGCCGCCAAGUCCCGUCCUGCACCAUUAUCUGGAACAAAAACUUUCCAUGUGGUUCGCCUCGGCUCUGCCACCGUAGGGCCAGCACACGGUGGUGGAGGUGGAGUAGGUAAAGGAGAGAGCUGCUGGAAGGGCUCAUGCGUGGAAGAGAAGGUGGUUUGUGUUGCGCAGUGGCCGUUUGACCGGAGACCCCGAUGUCCUGGAGUAUUACAAAAACGAUCAUGCCAAGAAGCCUAUCCGGAUUAUUGAUUUAAAUUUAUGUCAGCAAGUUGAUGCUGGGUUGACAUUCAACAAAAAGGAGUUUGAGAACAGCUACAUCUUUGAUAUCAACACCAUCGAUCGGAUUUUUUACUUGGUGGCGGACAGCGAAGAAGACAUGAACAAGUGGGUCCGUUGUAUCUGUGACAUCUGUGGGUUCAAUCCCACAGAAGAAGAUCCCGUGAGGCCGCUGGCCAGCUCCUCACAAGCACCUGCUGAUUCACCGUUCGCCAUAAAUACAGCACCAGCCUCCGCCCACAUGGAACCAUCUUCAGUCGCGCUACCUCCCUCUUACCAACUCAUCAGCCUCCCACCACACCCAGACACUCUCGGCCUCCGGGAGGACCCGCAAGACUACCUCUUGCUGAUCAACUGUCAGAGCAAGAAGCCUGAACCCACCAGAGCCCAUUUUGACUCUGCCAAACCCACCUCUUCUGAGACAGACUGCAAUGACAACGUCCCUUCCCACAAGCCUCCUGCUUCCUCCCAGGGCAAACACGGAAUGAACGGCUUUUUUCAGCAGCAAAUGGUGUAUGACUGCCCACCACCGCGGGUUACAUCGGUCUCUGGCGAGUCCGGCCUCUAUAACCUGCCCAGGAGCUACUCCCAUGACGUACUACCGAAGGAGUCCCCGUCAAGUACCGAGGCAGAUGGAGAGCUUUACGUUUUUAAUACACCGUCUGGGACUUCAAGUGUAGAAGCUCAGAUGAGACAUGUGUCUAUUAGUUACGACAUUCCGCCAACACCUGGCAACACUUACCAGGUCCCACGGACAUUUCCAGAAGGCACACUGGGACAGUCAUCGAAGCUGGACACUAUUCCUGACGUCCCCCCACCUCGGCCACCAAAGCCACAUUCAACUCAUGACCGGUCUCCUGUGGAGACGUGCGGAGUGCCACGCACGGCAUCAGACACUGACAGCAGUUACUGUAUCCCUCCGGCAGGCAUGCCGCCCUCCCGGAGUAACACCAUUUCCACCGUGGAUCUGAACAAGUUACGGAAAGAUGCUGGUUCUCAAGAUUGCUAUGAUAUUCCACGGACCUUCCCGAGCGAUAGAUCCAGUUCCUUGGAAGGCUUCCAUAACCAGUUGAAAAUCAAGAAUGUGCUGGCUGCGGGCAAUGUCUCGGGAGAAGAGCUGGACGAGAACUACGUUCCCAUGAACCCCAACUCGCCACCACGCCACCAUCCCAGCAGCUUCGCCGAACCGAUUCAGGAACCAAACUACGUGCCAAUGACCCCUGGGACCUUUGAUUUUUCUGCGUUUGGGAUGCAAGUCCCUCCUCCUGCUCAUCUGGGCUUCAGGUCCAGCCCAAAGACCCCUCCCAGGAGGCCAGUUCCCGUUGCUGACUGUGAACCACCCCCGGUGGAUAGGAACCUCAAGCCAGACAGAAAAGGUCAAAGUCCUAAAAUUUUAAGACCUAAACCCCAUGGCUUAGAGCGAACUGAUUCACAAACCGUAGGUGGCUUUGCUACAAGGAGAAAGGUUAAGCCGGCACCUUUAGAAAUCAAGCCUCUGUCAGAGUGGGAGGAGCUGCAGGCCCCAGUCAGAUCCCCCAUCACCAGGAGCUUCGCUCGGGACUCCUCUAGGUUUCCCAUGUCCCCUCGGCCUGAUUCUGUGCACAGCACGACAUCGAGCAGUGACUCCCAUGACAGUGAAGAGAACUAUGUCCCCAUGAACCCAAAUCUGUCCAACGAAGAUCAGAAUCUCUUUUGCAACAACAGCCUCGAGGGGGCGAGCAGCCCUAUGACCAAACCCAAAGGAGAUAAACAAGUCGAAUACCUGGAUUUAGACCUAGAAUCUGGGAAGUCCACACCACCACGGAAGCAAAAGAACAGUGGUUCGGGCAGCAGCAUGUCUGACGAGCGGGUGGAUUACGUCGUGGUGGACCAACAGAAGACUCUGGCCCUGAAGAGUACCAGGGAAGCUUGGACGGACGGCAGGCAGUCCACAGAGUCCGAGACACCCACCAAGAAUGUGAAGUGAAGCCGCACGGUCGCCGCUGCUGACAGAAGGAGCUGGGGGAGGAGAGGUGCCAGCGAAGAAGCUUCCACUCUGUAGCAGGGGCAGAGGAAAGGACCUCACACAUGUUCACGUGAAUUAGGUUGUGAAUGGUGCUGCGUGGUAUUGAGUCUGUAACCUGUAAAUAACCUGGGGAAGUAGUGUUUUAGCUCACCCAGAAGCAUCUGUCCCUAGUUAACCUGUAGUAUAGGACACUGACGCACUUUCCAUGUAAAACCUGGGUUUGGGUCUUCCCAAGGGACCUUGGAAGAAUCUCCUCAGGAGGUCUCCCUCCUCACACGACUCCAUGUAACAGUUCCAAGUAAACUGAGCGGCUUUAGUUCUGGAAAUUCCAGUUGAAGCUACAGGGCUAACACCAUUAACACAAGAAGUGGGUUCACAAAUUUGCUUUUCCUUUAAAGGUAGUACCCAUGAGCCUAAGCUAUAGAAUAUAGUUGGACUUGCCCUUCAUUGUUUUCAAAAAUUCCGGGGAUAAUGUAUAUAUUGGUGUCAAGACCUAGUUCCCUGACUCAUGUACACGUAGGUUUUAAUAAUAGGACUUUGUUAUGUUAUUUUUUGUUGUUGUUGUUAAUUACAGUGUCUUGGGUUCAUCGUGUGAAGGUUCUGCUGGGUAGGAUCUCGCACCUUUAAAAAACUGCCUCUUAGUUACUCUAGUAAGCCCACAAAUGUCCACAGCAUGGAUCGGUGAGCUCUUCUUAUUCCUGUUCACGUGCAUUAAACAUUGUUUGCAAAAGGCAGAUUGUCUGACUGACUAAUCAGGUACGUCCAGGGCGCUGAUGUGCUAAUAACAGUGACCAGGUUAAACCAAGCGCUUCAGUUAGGUGUUCGUUAAUCCUCAUCUUGGCUUAGAGUUAAGGAAACAGUUGGCACUCUCUGUCAGUUGCAGCAACAUACUGUGAUUUUGAAUGAGUUAGACAGUAAUUCAAGAUUACCACUCUUAGGAAUGAGACUCUCCCGACACCAUAGAGCCCUUCCUAUGGUUUUCUUUCUUUUACUUAAUAUUCUUCUUGGCCUUAUAUUUAAAUUCCUAUGCAAUUAAUGUUUUAUAUCUGCAUUUUUAGAAAAAGAAAUGUCAUUUUAAGUGAUUCUUGUAUGUAGCAAACACCUAUUGCCUUUGUGAGCAAAUUAAGAAUUUUGUACUGUGAUUUGUACUCACUGCCCCAAUUCUCCAACUGUUGGAGCUUUGCUGUGCUGUGAAAGGCUGUAGUUGUGACCACCACCCAGCCAGAUCUCCUGAGACCACAAAGCAAUGGUGCGAGUCUCUCACCUAUAACGUGACAUCGUCAGGUGUGGUCGUUGACUCUGAGUUAGUGUCACUGUGUUACACCUGUCUGUCUAGGUUUGUGAGAAGCAGCUAGCGUUUUCCAUUUUCACCCAAGUAAGUACAAUGUCUCUGCACUGAUCUGAGACUCACUGGUGGCUUGGGGAGGGGACACAGAGAACAGAAUGUCUAUAGCAGAGGCUGGUCUCUCUCCGUUCAGACCUCUUAACUGUUGCCUGAGUACACAAUGUGCCCUGCUUUCUGGCCCACUGGCCACCGUGCUGUGCCUAAUCUGUGUUCUCUGCUUGCUUUUCCAGUCAGUCCACAAGCUGUGUUCAUAACUAGAUGGAAUGUAGAAUAGUUAACAUUAGAUGCUUUUAAAUGUUUGCUUCUUUUUAAACAAAAACUAAAACCCAGAACUGAAUUUUGAGGUGGAUUUUUAAAUAAUAAAAAAAGGUUGUUUGA